AUGUUCCGGGCUGGUAAGGACAGGCUCUUCAAGGGCACCAUCCAGGGUGCCCUGCAGAGGCGGGUGCUGAGCUCGGCCGCGUUCGAGCGGUGCUCGCUGGGCGGCUCGCCACCCCGGGUCCGGGGCCUGAAGGCGUUCCGCGACGAGAGCAUCCUGGGCUGCAAGGACUCCGUCGAGCUCGCCAUGGACAUGGACUUCGAGGGCAGCGAGGUGGACAUCUCCCUGAGGCUCACCCCUGGGCUGUCGGUGGGCGUCUCCCGGUUCAGCAUGCGGGGCACCUUCUGCGUGGUGCUGCGCAACUUUGUGCCGAGCGCGCCUCUGAUCUCCGGCUUCGCAUUCUUCUUCAUGAACCGUCCGAAGAUCUCCGUAGCUUGGUCAGGAGUGCUGCACGCGCUGCCCGUGCGCCUGGAUGCCGUCCAGGAGAUUAUAGAGACGCAGUUCGCUGCGCACAUUGUCCUGCCAAAUCGUAUCGCCGUCCCUCUGGUCAGCAGCCUGCCCUACUACGCCCUGAUGUACCCGCCUCCAGACGGCGUGCUGGAAGUGGAAGUAGGGGAAGCGUUGCACGUCGGCGGCUCUGAAGUGGCGCUCUCAUCGAAUGUCCUCGGGAAGCUACUGGCAGGCGGCGCGGACAGGGUCCGGACAGUCUACGGCGAGUUCAAGGUGGGGACGCAGGAUUGGACCUUGGAGCGUCGCGAGUUGGGCUGCGAGCGCGUCUCAUGGGGCCAGGCCCACGCUUUCGUCGUGGACAAGGUCCACGGACAGAGGCUGCUCUUCGAGCUGUGGGGAACUGGCGGCAAGGCCCACCAGCAGCGCCGCCUGCUGGCGACCCUGGAGCUCAGCGCGGCAAGCCUGGUGAACAGCUCGCGCAGGGCGAUCCACAUGCAGGAGUGGCCCCUGGCAGUCGCGGCGGGUGUGAGCCUGGACAACCCCAGCCUGACGAUGAAGGCGACCUUCCGAUGUUUCGUUCCCCUACUUCUGUGCCAGCACGCCCAGCGGGUCUGCGGCCUUCUCCCCGGGGCCCCGCCUGGUCAACGAGGCCAGCGCCGUGCUGCUCGUCACGCUGGACAGGGUGGAGCAGCUCCCUGA